AUGCUGCUCGCCGGUGCUGACGUCAACGGCCGCACCGCGGGUGGGGACACGGCGCUGCACAUCGCCCUCGACCAGUGGUCCCAGAAGCAGACCAGCUUCCACAGGAAUAAGUGCGCAGAUCAUGACCAUGACCGCGUCGUCCACGAGCUCCUAGCGCACCCGUCGCUCGACAUCAGCGCGACAGACGGGGCUAGCCGGUCGUUGGUGGUGGCGGCGGUGCAGGCGCGACACCUCUUCGCGCUGCAGCAGCUUCUACGCCCUGGCGCGGCGGUGACGGCUUCACCAGGAUUCAUGAGGACUGCACUUCACGAGGCCACCGAUGCCUCGAACGUCCUCAUCACCGCGUCGAAGUGGAAGAUUCGGCACUCCAGCCACUACGUGGACAGCUCUAGCUUUAAGUGCGCACACGAUUCGGUCAAGACGUAUAAUAUGUCUUCCACGUCUAGCUUGUACGACGACUCUUACACGCACAUCGAUUCAGCUGCGCUGCGCGCCGAAAUCUUUGAGUGGAAUGCCCAGUUCGUCGACACACUUCUGGAGGCCGGGGCCGACGUCGACGCCGCAGACCCAUUGGGGCGCACUGCGCUCCACUACGCUGCCCGCCUAGGUAAUGGCCCGGCCGUGCGGCUGCUUCUUGGCGCGCAGGCCGACGCAGGCACACGGGAUAUAUUUGAUCACACGGCGGGCGAUCACGCCAUCUAUGCUGGCUACGACGAUCUCGGGGCGACGCUGAACGGGUGUGGGAGUGGGAUGGGAUCCGGUUGCAACCUGACUGAGCGAGGCUCGCUGCGCGGGGAGCUGGGCGCGUGGGAGCUGGGCGCGCUGCGGUCGAUCCUUGCCGAUGUGGAGCUGCAGACGCUCCUGGGGCGCGAACAGCACAAGCUCGAGCAGCACGCGGCGGCGUCCACCCUCUCGCCGGACACCGUCGUCGAGGCGCGGUGGGAUGCGCACCCGCAGCUGCACGAGAUGGCACUGCACCUCCUCAAGCAGCAGCCCGUGAGCGGCUGGCUUGGUGAGCUUUCGCGGGGCACGACUCGAAUCAACAACUACCAGAUCAACAUCGGCUCGCCCUACUCUGGCACUUCCCUGCACUUCCACUACUCAGCCGUGAGUGUGCUACUGCACGGCCGGAAGCGGUGGUCUCUGUUCCCGCCCGCCGAUGCAUCCUACAGCACUGCCCACUUUUUCGACGACUUUGAGCUCGCCCGCCGCGGUGACUUCGGACGCCAGCUCGAGUGCACGCAGCAGGCUGGCGACGUGCUUUUCGUGCCCAGUAUGUGGGGACACGGCGUGCUCUACGAGGAGAACUCAGUUUCGGCGUCGAUCCUUUAUGACGCAUGA